AUGCGCCGAAGUCACCGAGAAAACAAGCCCGGGAGCCGACCUCAAGUAUGCUGUAGUCCGCCCCGCAAGAGGAAGAGAACAAACGACGGCUGCUCUGACAACUCCGACAACAUUGUCGGAUCUAGUCCCCCUGGAAGUAUUGCUAUACCGUCUCCGCUAUCGCCGUCUCCUGCUAUGUCUCUCGCGUCUGGUGUAUCUCCUCCCCGGUCUCCAUUGCCCAUGGUAGAACCGUGUAGGUCAGCGAUACUUUCUCAAGCAUCUCUAGACCAUAAUCCUGCUCGACGGGCUCUGGACAACUCAUCUGAUACUGCGGAGGCUUUGAUGACUACCGACGGAUCUCACUUUGAUAUUCCAAGCUCCGGACCUACGACCUGCGCCCCGCCCACAACGCCCGUCCGCGGACGUGACUCUUGUUGGAGCCCCCUACCCGCAGCUGAUAUGUCUGUGCAACCUGCGCCUCUGGUUCCGCGACAAACUUCUCGGUGUAAUGUACUGUCGUUGCUGCCUGCAUCCCAAUCAGCGGACACCGCGAGUACUGUACAGCCCAAGCAAAGCCCAGUCUCGCUAUCGGUCAUACACGCGUCGCGGCUGCAUAGCCAUGUGCUAUCUGACCCUAACAUUGCUUCGUCAGAUCCUUGCUGCAACGGAACAGAGAUUCGACAGCCUCGGUUACCCAGAAUGGACACCGCCUGCUCAAUGUCACAUCCCGGGCUUCGGACUUCGGACUCUAUCAGCGACAACGCAAUGCUGUCGGACGCAGCCUUUGCCUCACAUAGCGGCGCAGCCAUUCCCCUGAAGCCAAUGAGCCUCAGAGACCGACGAGCUCGUGGACUGCUGUCUGACCACGACGUGGUGAGUUUGCACACUGUAUACGAUCACUGA